AUCUAGACAAAGAAACACCUUUAUUCUGUAUUAUUAUUUGUUAUUUUUAAUAAUAACAAAUCCUCUUUCAAUAUAAUCUUUUUAUAUAGAUAUACCUUUAGUGCCUUGAAAAUUUCUUCCUCAUCUUCUUUGGUCUUUUCUUGUCAUUUGGCAUAACCAAAGAGUCAAGCAUAUUCAAACAUUCCCAAGCCCUAAAACCCAAAAGAAACUUAUAUGCUCUUGUUCUUGUUCUUCUUCUCUGCCUACAAAAAAUCCUAAUUAACUAUCUCUUUUGUUUGUAUACUGUUCUAAAUCUCCUGAUCAUCUUCUUGUUUUCUUGCAAGGUUUUAUAAAAAACAAAAUAACAAACAAAACCCAGUUCUUGUUCCUUAGCUCUGUUUUAAACCAAAACAAAAAUAUGCAGAUGAUUCCAGGAGAUCCAUUUUCUCUUUCAUCUUCCAUGGGAGGGUUUGUCCAUCAAGAACAACACCUUCAUCAUCUUCAGCAGAUCCCUGACCUGAACCCCAAUUCUAACCCUAACCCUAACCCUAAUGCUAAACCGACCUCUUCAUCAGCCAAGAAGAAGAGAAAUCAACCUGGCACCCCAGAUCCAGAUGCAGAUGUCAUCGCUCUAUCUCCAACAACACUCAUGGCGACGAACAGAUUCGUCUGCGAGAUCUGCAACAAAGGGUUUCAAAGGGAUCAGAACUUACAACUCCAUCGCCGUGGCCACAACCUUCCGUGGAAGCUGAAGCAACGGUCCAACAAAGAGGUGAUAAAGAAGAAAGUAUACAUAUGUCCUAUCAAGACUUGUGUUCAUCAUGAUGCCUCGAGGGCACUUGGAGACCUCACUGGGAUCAAGAAGCACUAUAGCCGCAAGCACGGCGAAAAGAAGUGGAAGUGCGAAAAGUGUUCUAAGAAAUAUGCUGUUCAGUCUGAUUGGAAGGCGCACGCGAAAACUUGUGGCACUCGUGAGUAUAAGUGCGACUGUGGCACGUUGUUCUCCAGGAAAGAUAGUUUCAUCACUCAUAGAGCGUUCUGCGACGCAUUGACUGAAGAAGGUGCGAGGAUGAGUUCUCUUAGUAGUAACAAUCCGGUGAUCUCUACGACGAUGACGGCAAAUCUUAAUUUUGGAAAUGGAUCAAAUGUUAUAAAUAAUCCAAAUCUUCCUCAUGGGUUUGUCCACCGAGGAAUUCAUCAUCCCGACAUUAAUGCUGCUAUCUCUCAAUUCGGUUUAGGGUUCGGACAUGACCUAAGUGCAAUACAUGCGCAAGGUUUAUCCGACAUGGUACAAAUGGCCUCCGCCGGCAACCACCACCUCUUCCCGUUGUCUUCAUCAUCAUCCCUCCCCGAUUUCUCCGGCCACCAUCACAACCAACAAUUCCAAAUUCCAACAAACCCUAAUCUCACUUUACCAUCAUCCUCAACAUCACAGCAAACCUCAGCUUCACUACCGUCACUUCAACAACAACACCAAGCCCUAAAAGACUCAUCAUCUUUCUCCCCACUCUUCUCCUCCUCCUCCUCCUCCGAUAACAAACAAAAAAAGCCUCUAUCUCCAAUGUCUGCCACUGCACUCUUACAAAAAGCUGCACAAAUGGGAUCCACUAGAAGCAACUCCACCACCGCUCCAUCCUUUUUCGCCGGCCCAACAAUGACGUCAUCCUCAUCCGGUGCUUCUCCUCCUAGAUCGUCUUCUCCAAUGAUGAUCCAACAACAACUCAACAACAACUUCAACACCAAUCUCUCAAGAGAGAACCACAAUCUUGCUCCUCCUCUCAGUGGUGUAACCACUACUAGUGUGGAUAAUAAUAACCCGCUUCAAUCAAACCGGUCCGGUCUAAACCAGGUGGUUCAACAGAUGGGUCUAACCCGGGAUUUUCUUGGAGUGAGCAAUGAGCAUCACCCCCACCAAACGGGUCAUCGUCCGUAUUUGCCUCAAGAACUCGCAAGGUUUGCUCCAUUGGGUUGAUUAUCUGUUUUAAUUGUAUUCGGUUCACUACAUAUUUUUGGACCGGGUCAAGAGAAAGAUGGGGGAGGGGGACAAGUUUUUGGGUUUAGGAUUGGAAGUUUCUUCGAGGACACAAGUCUAAUAAUCGCACCCCUUGUGAAGCGGUCGGAAUGUGGGGACAAAGGUUGACAAGACAUCAUUAUAUCAAAUUACAUUAAAUGUUAUGUACUUUUACUAUGUUUAUGAUGAUAUAUACCAUGACAUGCAUGGAUUUGUAUUUUGCGACAUUGUCGUUUUGUAAAUGUUGGUUCUUUUCGUUAUUAAAAUGAGAUAUUCAGAAUUUGGUUCGUAUAAUCUUCAGGCUUUUCCAA